GGAGGAGGAGGGAUGGCGCGGGGAGGCGGCCGCUGUUUAUUUGCAGCCGGGCAGGCUGCGCCUCGGCAGAGCGCGAGCGGCCGGCGGCGGUCCCGCUGCCCGCCCCGCACCAUGCGGGCGCCGCUGCCUCCCCGCGCCGCGGCGGCGGAGCCGGAGCCGGGGCAGCCGGCGCGGCGCCCCGCGCCCGCACCCGCGCCAUGGUGACGGGCUCGGCGCUGGGCUCCCGCAGCCGGGACCGAGCCGCGCCGCCCCCCUGCCCGUCCCCGUCGGCGGGCGGGCGGCGCGGCGGGGCGGCGGCGGCGGCGGCGGUGCUGGCGGGGCUGUGCGCCCUCUGCUACGGCAACUCCCUGCGGGGCGAGUUCGUGCACGACGACGUCUGGGCCAUCGUGAACAACCCCGACGUGCGGGCGGCCGCCCCCGUGGCCGCCGCCUUCGCCAACGACUUCUGGGGCAAGCGGAUGGCCGAGAACACCAGCCACAAGUCCUACCGGCCCCUCUGCGUCCUCACCUUCAAGUUAAACGUAUUGCUGGCUGGUAUGAACCCCUUCUAUUUCCAUGCAGUGAAUGUAAUUUUACACUGUCUAGUGACUCUCGUACUGAUGUACACUUGUGACAAAGCUGUGUUCAAGGACUGUCGACUUGCUUUUGUCACGGCGCUGUUCUUUGCUGUGCAUCCCAUUCACACCGAGGCUGUAACAGGUAUAGUAGGCAGAGCGGAUGUCCUAGCCUGUCUACUCUUUCUGUUGGCUUUUCUCUCCUAUAAUAGGAGUGUGGAUCAGCUUUAUGUUGGGGAACAUUUCCCUCCCACUGCCUCCCCAUUCUUUCUGCUGCUUAGUUUAUUCCUUGGGACAUGUGCAAUGCUGGUGAAAGAAACUGGAGUCACUGUGUUUGGUGUGUGCUUGGUUUAUGACUUCUUUUCCCUCUCCUGCAAUGGACUCAAACUGAGAAAUGGGGGAAUCCACCAGAGACCUGCCCGGCAGCCCGCGGCUUCUCCCUCUGCCUCGCUGCAGGUCGCUCCAGCGGGCCGGGAGAAUGGGAAGCAUCGCUUUGCUCACCGGGGCACCUGGAGCUCCUGCCACCCGGCAUCACCCGAGGAGCAGCGGAGCGGUGGCCUUUCUGUGCCCAGCAAAGCCAUGUGGGCCAUUCGGAGCUACCUGACUGCAAAUAACAACCAGAAUUUCCUGUAUACUGCAAGGCCUUUUUUGAAGAGAGCUGCUUUGGUGGUAAGCUACGUGAUUCUCAUGUUGUAUUUCCGCCUCUGGAUAAUGGGAGGAUCCAUGCCGAUGUUUUCCGAGCAGGACAAUCCCGCUUCAUUCUCGCCGUAUUUACUGACAAGGUUUCUAACUUAUUCCUAUCUUCUGGCCUUCAAUGCGUGGCUUCUGCUGGCACCGAUCACCCUGUGCUAUGACUGGCAGGUCGGCAGCAUCCCUUUGAUCGAGUCUGUCUGGGAUGCGAGGAACUUAGCCACAGUGUUCCUGGUGCUGGUGAUGACAUUACUCAGCCUACACUGCAUAGCCGCAUUCAAGAAACUGGAACACAAAGAAGUUUUGGUUGGCUUGUUGUUCCUGGUUUUCCCAUUCAUCCCAGCCAGCAACCUCUUCUUCAGGGUGGGAUUUGUGGUGGCAGAGCGAGUCCUUUACAUGCCGAGUAUGGGGUACUGCAUCCUUUUUGUCCACGGUCUAAAAAAGCUGUCUACAUGGUUAAAUAAAUGGAGAAUUACUGUUCUGACCCUCUUCGCUUUACUGCUGCUGCUCUUCUCUUGGAAGACGGUGAAACAGAAUGAAAUCUGGCUGUCACGAGAAUCCCUUUUCAGCUCAGGGGUGAAGACCCUGCCCCACAACGCCAAGGUGCACUACAACUACGCCAAUUUCCUGAAAGACCAGGGCCGUAACGUUGAGGCGAUCUACCACUACAAAACUGCUCUCAAACUGUACCCUCGUCACGCAAGUGCUCUCAACAACUUGGGAACGUUGACCAAAGACGUGGUGGAGGCAAAGGACUACUACAGACGGGCCCUUCAGUUAAACCCUCAGCACAAUCGAGCUCUCUUCAAUCUUGGCAACCUGCUCAAGUCCCAAGGGAAGAAGGAGGAAGCUGUAAUCUUACUGCGGGACUCCAUUAAGUAUGGCCCAGAGUUCGCAGAUGCUUACUCAAGCCUGGCCUCGCUGCUAGCUGAACAGGAACGGCUUAAGGAAGCAGAGGAAGUCUAUAAGGCUGGCAUAGAGAAUUGUCCAGAGAGCUCCGAUCUGCAUAACAACUACGGUGUUUUCUUGGUUGAUACCGGGGCUCCCGAGCGAGCCGUGUCCCACUACAGGCAGGCCAUCCACCUGAGCCCCGCUCACCACGUGGCCAUGGUGAACCUGGGCAGGCUUCACCGCUCCCUGGGGCAGAACAAAGAGGCCGAAGUGUGGUACAAGCGGGCACUGAAGGUAUCCCGGAAGGGUGAAAUCCUGUCCCCGCUGGGGGCUCUGUAUUACAACACGGGGCGGUAUGAAGAAGCGUUGCAGGUUUACAGAGAAGCGGCAUCACUGCAGCCUUCAAACAAAGAGAUCCGACUGGCGCUGGCUCAGGUUUUAGCAAUGAUGGGGCGGACGAAGGAAGCUGAAAAGAUGACAAACCAUAUACUCAACGAGGAUGUGGAGUGUCUGGAGUGCUAUCGCCUUCUGUCAGCCAUCUACAGCAAGCAGGAGCACUAUGCCAAGGCACUUGAAGCUAUAGAGAAAGCUCUUCAGCUAAAACCAAAGGAUCCAAAAGUCAUAUCAGAGCUCUUUUUCACUAAAGGAAACCAGCUAAGAGAACAGAAUCUCCUUGACAAAGCUUUUGAGAGCUAUAAACGGGCUGUGGAGCUCAACCCAGACCAAGCACAGGCCUGGAUGAAUAUGGGAGGCAUUGAGCACAUCAAGGGGAGCUACAUCACUGCCCGUGGCUACUAUGAGAAAGCCUUACAGCUGGUUCCGAACAGCAAGUUGCUGAAGGAGAAUCUGGCCAAGCUGGAUCGCUUGGAGAAACGGUUUCAGGAAGUCCAGGAGAAAGACCAAACAUAGCAUUGAGUCACCAGUGGAAAGAAACUCAUGCCCCUUGGAGAAGAGUAUGGUGGAAGCCUAUUGCUCAAAGUGAUGCUGAAGGAACUGUGAUAGGACUCAGAAUUACGGAAGGCAAAUUUUGAAUGCAUGCUUAUGUUUGACCAAAGUUACAGGACACACUUGGCUCCUGUGGGACAUGCUGGAGAAUGAAUGAAAACCUUCCUUUAAUCAAGAUUUAUGUUUAGGCUGAACCCAUUUUAAUCACACCGGGAGUGUGGGUGGAACAUGUACCUUCAAUAUCUUGGUUAUCACUGGGGAAACCAUGGAGACAAAGCACGCAUCCAAUGCAGCGGGGGUGAAGUAGAACCUCAUGUUACUCAACACAGGCUCACCUUGUCCACGUGAAGUACCACUGAUGGGCUUCAUUGCAAGUGCUGCCAGGUCCUUCUGAGCCAGGAAAGAUCGUCAUAAUGGUCACAUAAAAAGGUUUCAAGGGGUUAAUGCUGAGGAAGUGGUGGCCACUUCUACAGCUCUAAAUGUGACUUGAAAAUUAUUCUAAAGAAAGGGAAAAUGAUAUCUGAAUAUCACCCUAGAAGGAUGAUUCUACAAGUAGGACAAAUGAUCCUUUGAGGGAAAACCUCACCUGAAUGUUUUACUCAUAAGAUAGUAGUUUUAUAGUAAUUCAGGUUCAUGAUGUCAGUAUUGUCAAAUAUCAUAUGGCUUUACCCUUUGCCCUCUCCUCCAGGCCAAAUAAUUAUUACUCUGAAAAAAAUGGAAGCAUCCAAAGGCAAUGGGAAGCUCUGGGAUUACUUGUCCUCCUGUCCAGUCCCCAGUAAAAAACCCAAACAACCAAUCUGAUCAAUAUAGGAGGUAAAGUAAAGCCACAGAGAAAGAAGAUUUCCUAGCCUGGAAAGGUACUAAGGAGGCUUUUUUAUGUGUGUGCAGGGACAAAGCCCGUUUAUCAUGGUGAUAACACUGAUAAAACACUUUGUCAGAGUGUUCUCACACCCUCCCCCAAAAGAUACAGAAAAUGACCUAUAGCUGAUCAGUCAUAAAUCUAUAUUUUUAAAUACUGAAGUGGGAAAACAAAUUCUUUUCAGAAUUGGGGCUUUUAUUUUUGAGCUUUAUUUAUUUAACUUAUAAUAAUCAAAUAAUUAAUAUAUUUUCUCUGUUUUAUAUGAAUUGGGCAGUAUCCUUCACAGCUGGCCACAUGGCUGGGCGUUGUGACUUGUAUUGUCUGAAGUUAGAAAAAUGCAGUACCACCGAGGCGUGCUUGAAUAACUCCCCCUAAUGAUGUUUCUAAAGCAAAUGGCUGCAGAGCACAUUGGACCAUACUGUCACUGCAAUAACAGCACUUCUGCUGCUUCCACCAGGGUUUGUACCGGUUCACAGAGAGUGUUAGUGGGAUCGUGCUUGGUGCCACUGCCUUUGGGUUUGGACAUGGGGGUAGCUCAUCAGUUUGUUCCUCUUGCAGCAGGAAACUGCCGUAAAAGUUGUUAUAUUUGAGCUUGAUUGUGGCCAGUCCCUGCAGAAGAGCAGCCAAGGGUUUGGCAUUAUUAGUAAAGGACAGUUCAGAUUAGGUAUGCGAUGCCUUAGUACACAUCUGUCAGGAAAGGCCUGUGUGGCAGUGAACCACGUGGCACCCAGGUUUAGUUGGUGCUGCCCGUGGCACCUCAGCAAGCUCCAAAUUCGCUCAGCGUUACGGGACAGCUGUGCGCUGGUGGCUCUGCUGGCUUCAUUUAAAAAGCUCGGUGUCUAGCUGCUACUGAUGGUCAAAUUACAGACAAAUUAUUAACAUGACUCCAACUGCAUUUGGAGCUCAGAGGGAGUCCAGACUGGUGUAGAUGUCUGCCCUGCCAGGGCUUGUGGGCCUGCUAGAGCCAUGACUGAGCACCCACCAAGAUGGGGCUGGACAUGGGAGGUACUGGUCCCCACUGGCCAAGAAGACCAGCCAGUGCCUACAGCUGGGCAAAGGUGGGAGGAAGAGACCAUCAGGGGGAGAAGGUGGUGACACACGUUUCUAGGCUCUCUCCCUUAGAACCAGCUUCCCAAGGGAGCAGCUGGGACCAAAGUCAGUAAGUCUUUUGCUGGUGAAUUUUCCCUUCUGCCCCAGCCCAAGCAGCCUACUUUGCUUUGCGGGGCCGAGGGCAGGUUUGAGGUCCUAGGGCUGGGUCAGCAACCCUUGUCUUUUCACGUGACUCUUGUGGCUGUAGACUUGCUGACCUGACGUUUCUGCAGGUCCCCAGGGCAGGUGCUCUGCUGGAUGCCACGCAUGGAGUAGCUUUGCACAGCCCUGGCACUGCCAGGAUGGCCGGGAGGAGAUGGGGUUGCACCAGCAGAGUCCUGUGGGAUGGGGAAACCAAAGCUUAAAUGGUCUCUGAGAGCAGUCGGUUCCCCACCCUGCAUUGCAAAGUUGUAGAUGGUUCGUUACUGGGGUGUUCAGAGGUAUCUGGACCAUAAAGCUCUCUGCCUCUCCCCAAGGUGAGCCUGCCUUUGGGGCAGCUUCACCAAAGCCCCGUGUGCCCCAGCUGGCUGCCUGCCUGCGGUACUGCCGCGUGGCGGCGAGUCUGGGGGCUGCCAGAGCUGUGUUUGGUGCAGCCCCCGAGAGCGGUGCCACGCGCAGCCUCCCGUGGAGGAGGCAUCUGCUGGGUGCUCUGACAGUUAGCCCAAGCGUGGGGGAUAGGGGUGGGGGGAGAUACGUCUCAUUAAAAACAUGUAUCAGCUAUAAACUUUGCCUCGUAAAGAUAUAUUAAAUAAAUACUAUAUAUUCUACAAGCCCCACAGCAGUGUGGCUUUAAAUUGUGGCCAAUGAAACAUAUUUUUUCAAAUAUAGAAGAAGUUGUAUUUUUUAUAGCAAUGCUUUGUGAGGGGAAAGACUUGGUUUUGUGUUUUAACUUCGGCUGAGAGACCUGGUAGAAAUUAUUGUCUUGUUCUUGUCCUAGAACCUGAUCAAAGCCAUCUUGACCUCCUAAAACUGGUGCACAUGUAAAAGUAUAACAUAGCUUUGGGUACCGCCCUCCCCCCCAGAUCCUGGAGAAAGAUUACCAUUUUUGCAACACUGUCUUACUUGCAGAAUAAUGUAGAAAGAUGAGACCAUCCUCCCGGUGGGGGAGGUGGUUUGGUUGGAAGGCAUGGUGUAUGUUCAUCCACUUGCCUGAAUUAGGCAGGUAACGUAUCCACAGAGUUUAAUCCCAGUUGAACCGGAUUACAUUUAUAUGCCAAAAGGUCGACUCUCCACAUUUUGGAGCUGGGUUUAUGGUAGUUAUGGAGAGAGGAGGGCUUGGUAAUGAACCCCACUUUUCUGAACCAGCACUUUAUACCCCAUCUAUGCAGAUGAUGGUCUGCAAACUGGCAGCAUAUUUGGAGAACAAUUCAGACCAUGAGAUACCAAAGCAGUUAAACCUUUGUGAAGUUUUGAGCUGACUCUCUGUCUCGUUGGCAUCCAUGCUGAAACGCUGUGUUUGUUCAGGACAUUAAUCUUGUGAAAGGUUUAUUGCAGGCAAAGAAGAAGAAUGGAUUAUGAUAGGAAAUGGGUUACCUCCACCAAAAUGGAAUGCUAUUGUGGAAGAUAAAUUGAGCGACUUACCUUGUGAUAAACUGGAUAUUAUCUUAAUUAAUCAUAGGAAAUGUCCUCUUCCUCUAGCAUUGCGCAGCUUCUAAAAUAAUGAGUUAUAAAUACAUUGUUUUCUGCCAACUCCAGUGCUCAGCAUGGUUAGCAGAGAUUAAAAAUUAAUAAAUGGCUGAAGCUCUACCUGGUGGGGGAAGGUUCACUCUCCCUGCUAGUUGCAUUGGCUAAACCUCAGUGCUCACCAAUGGAGUGAGAGUAAGUGGAGUAUUAACAGAAUGCUGGUUAGACAGGAGUCUCAUGUACUCACUGUGCAUUUUAAUCCUAAAUGAAAAGCAUAAUAAUUGUGUUGGUUUUUCCUUUCCACAUGAAUAAUAUUUUCAGCUGAUGGAUUUUGUUUUAUUUUAUUGCUUAUUUAAAGUCCAUCAUUCUUUGCUUUCCUUCCUUUUCCAUCCCCUGGGAUAAAUGAUGCAGUGGGGGGCAUUUUCUCUCUCUCAUAGACUCCUUGGACUAGCUUUUCCUACAAAUGUGCAGGCAGCUUGUUUUGGCCAAACAGUAAGUGAAUGCAGCAGUGCAAAUGGCCUUCAUUCCAGAGAUCUUGACGAGGACGGGGUGUGUGCGUGCAUGCACAUGGGUGGAAGAAGUCUAAGUAAAAAAAAUCCAGAGUAAAGAACCUAACUUGCAGGUGAGGCUGGACACCCCUAAAAUUAUCUAAAAACUAUGAAAGCUUCUCAACAGGUACAGAAACCAGGCCAGAUAUGGUGUACAAUACUUGGUGAAAGAAGAUGAUUGUCAUUCUGAUUUUGAUAAUUAGGCAAUUUAGAGUAUAGUUGUAUGAUCUUUUGCCCCACUUGUCCUCCAACUUGGUGAAACAGUUGGUAUAUGCUUAAGUCUCCUCAAUCUGUAUGUGAUUAAGUUGACCAAGUGCUCAAUUUCUAUCUUUCAUAUAUGCAAUUAUGCACAAUCUUUGGAAAAAAUUAGCCCUUAGAGGUUUUUUUCCCCCAACCUUCAGUCUCUUGCAGCAAUUUCAAAAUGCACUGUUUUGCUUUCAUGUACAUUUAAACCCAGCAGCAAAAAAAAAAAAAAAAAAGGAAAAAAAAGCGCUUGGCAUACACUAGUGUUUCAAUGUGGCAAAGUUGCUUCAGGUAAUCUCGAUAACUUUGUGCAAAAGUUCAUUGCCAUGUUUGUACUGACUUGCUGAAAAUUUUUUCUUCUGGAAAAUACCCCCAGUGGUAUCCUCUGUAAAAGUUAUGGCUUCUACAACUGUAUUACUGUAGAAAUCUCUGCCUGAAGUGGAUGUCGCGCUGCGUGUUCCUCUCAUGCGGGAGCUGUUUGCAUUGCCUGUUGUUCAUAUGGUUCUUAUUUCUGUAUCUUUUUUUUUUUAAUCAGUUGUGCAUAUCUUUUUAAAAAAAACAAGAAAACAGCCCGUGGAUUAGAAAUCUUUUACAAAUAAAUUCACACUUAGCAGCAGCUGGAUGUAUGUCAGUGGUACAGGAAUUUGCAAAGUCUUUGCUUUUUUCACUGUGGGAUUUAUGGCUAGAUUUCACAUAAAGGAGUUAUGCUCGAAGUCUUUGCAAAAGAAAAUGUAUGUAAAUGUCUAUUUUAUAUAAAAAGUAAGAAAAGUAA